AAGUAAAAAUCUGUCAGCACAUUUCGAGCCUCCUGAAUUCCACUGAGAUUCUCUUUGAAAGAGCUCUGCUGCUGGGCACCUCCGACAACCAGGCAACCAUGAGCAUGGGACCUUCCACGGAGAUCUUCGAUGGCAGCACAUACAUCACUUCAGACUAUUCAGGCAUCCCCGAGGUCUGCGAGCUGCCAGACAGCAGCUUCAGGAAGAUCUUCCAACCGUUGGUGUUUGCUGUGGUAUUUGUGCUAGGAAUGCUGGGAAACAUCCUUAUCCUGGUGAUUUACAUCCUAUACCGGAAGGUGAAGUCCAUGACCGAUGUCUUCCUAGUCAACUUGGCCAUGGCGGACCUGCUGUGGUUGUUGACUGCCCCAUUCAAUGCAAUGUAUGCAGUGAACCAGUGGGUCCUCGGACUCUUCAUCUGUAAAAUCUUCCGGAGUCUGUACAGCAUAAAUUUCUUUAGUGGGGUUCUCUUCCUCACCUGCAUCAGCAUUGAACGUUACAUUGUCAUUGUCCAGGCAACUUCAGCGCUCAAGUUGCGGUCAGCAACCUUUCUGUUUAGCAAAAUUGCCACAGCGGUGGUCUGGGUGGUUUCCGUCAUCCUGAGCAUUCCUGUGAUGAUCUACAGCCGGGUGGAGAAAAUCGAUGAGGAGAACAUCUGCCAGAUGAUCUUCGAUGACAGCUCCAUGGUGGUCAACUUGGGGAUGCAGAUAGCACAGGUUUUUGUGGGCUUUGUCCUGCCAUCUACCAUCAUGGUCUUCUGCUACUCGAUUAUCAUGGGGACCUUACUGAAGAGCCGCACCUUCAAAAAACACAAGGCGCUCUGGGUGAUCGUCGCCCUUAUCGGGAUGUUCUUUGUGUUGCAAAUGCCCUACAGUAUCUUCCUCUUUCUGAAGGCCGUGGGCAGCAAGUCCAUGCCCUGCGCGGAGAAGAUCACCAGGAUGAACGUGGAGUAUGUGACCGAGAGCUUGGCGUUCAUCCGGUCUUGCCUGAAUCCCGUGCUCUACGCUUUCGUGGGGGUCAAGUUCCGCAAUGACAUUCUGCUGGUCCUGAAGGACAUCCACUGCAUCUCGGCCUUGCGGUACCAGAGCCACAAGUCGAAGAGCAACAAGCGGUUUUCGUUCAUGUCUAGCGGCACGGACUCGAGCUCCUUAUUUCAGAUGUAAGCUGCCCCAACUGUGGGCAUUUUGGCAUGCUUGUCUAUGCUUGCACCCCAAAGAGAAGGCAGAGAUUCAUGGACUCCCAACACAACUCAUUUCACAUCCAAAAUGGCCUGUAAAGAAUUAGUGAACAACACGGCAAAUUCCAGAAGACACGCCCACGUCUGGUUGGGGGAAGGGGUAGGUGGUGGUGGUGGGGGGGUGGUUUGUGGCCUGCUUUUCUCUGUUCACCCCCCCCCCCCCCCCUCAAAAUCAGGGUCUGACUACACUGGUGUGCGAUGCGUUCAUUUUACAACUUUGCAAUGUGAGGAGUUGUUGGUUGCGUAGAGUCGGCUGUAGACUCGCACUUUAGGCCUUGAACCCUACUCACCCUGUGAGUUUGUGACUGUUUAUUAUCCGCUGCCUUAAUAAACUUUUAUUACACCUUAAAUAUCAAACAUAGCAGCGCUGGUGCUUGCACGGUCAGAAUUCAACAAGUCGUCGAGUCACAUGAUGGCUCCUAGUGACAUCGACCAGGUCUCGUGUUCCUCUCCUCCAUCAUGAGUGCUUCUAGAAACCGCCGUCGUCACUCUCGUCCUUACAGCCUAAAAAUGAGCGCUUGGAUGGGUCUGAAGGCACACGAGAUUAUGGAGCGUCCUUAAGUUUAGGUGCAGCACCGUCCACACUUAACUUCUGUAGCACACCCACUGGCCACUUUAUUAGGUACACCUUGUCAGUCACCUGAUUGGACCCCCACCCCCCCUUUGUUUUUUUUUUUGGCCUUCAGACCGGCCGUAAUUCUCAGUGGCACAGAUUCAGCAAGGUGCUGGAAAAAUUCCUUUGGGGAUUUUGGUCCAGGGCGGCAUGGUGGUGCAGUGGGUAGCGCUGCUGCCUCGCAGUUGGGAGACCUGGGGACCUGGGUUCACCUCCCAGGUCCUCCCUGCGUGGAGUUUGCAUGUUCUCCCCGUGUCUGCGUGGGUUUCCUCCUACAGUCCAAAGACAUGCUGGUUAGGUGGAUUGGCGAUUCUAAAUUGGCCCUAGUGUGUGCUUGGUGUGCUUGUGUGUGUCCUGCGGUGGGCUGGCACCCUGCCUGGGAUUGGUUCCUGCCUUGUGCCCUUUGUUGGCUGGGAUUGGCUCCAGCAGACCCCUGUGACCCUGUGUUCGGAUUCAGCGGGUUGGAAAAUGGAUGGAUGGAUGGAUUUUGGUCCAUAUUGACAUGUGUGGACCACCAGGGGGCGUGCCGCUCCCCAAACCCCGACACAGACAGGCUGAAUCACACGCACACCUUUAUUGAAGGGGGGAAGCGUUUUGUCUUUUGCUCCCCACUACACAGCACAGUACAGAAAGCACCAAAAGACAACACAAUCCAGUCCUCCUUUCUUUCUUUCAUAUUGACAUGGUAGCAUCGCACAGUUGCUGCAAAUCUGUCGGCUGCACAUCCAUCAUGCAAAUCUCCUGUUCCACCACAUCCCAGAGGUGCUCGACUGGACUGAGAUCUGCUGAGUGUGGAGGCCAUUUGAGUCCAGUGAGCUCCUUGUCAUGUUUAAGACAUCAGUUUGAGAUGAUUUGAGCUUUGUGACAUGGCGCGUUAUCCUACUGGGAGUGGCCAUCAGAAGAUGUGGACGCUGCGGUCAUAACGGGAUGGACGUGGUCAGCAACAAGACUCAGGUAGGCUGUGGCAUUUAAGUGAAGCUCAGCUGGUACUAAGGGGCCCAAAAUGUGCCAAGAAAAUAUCACAGAUGCCAUCACACCACCACCAGCAGACUGAACCGUUGAUACAAGGCAGGAUGGAUCCAUGCUUUCACGUUGUUGACCCGACCAUCCGAAUGUCGCAGCAGAAAUCGAGACUCGUCGGAUCAGGCGGCGUCUCUCCAAUCUUCUGUUGUCCAGUUUGUGACUUGCCUGUUCUUAGCUGACAGGAGUGUCACCCGGUGUGGUCACCAGCUUCAAGGUUCGAGGUGUUGUGUGUGCAGAGCUGCUGUUCUGCACACCUCACUUGUCACGAGUGCUCAUUUGAGUGACUGUUGCCUUUCUAUCAGUUCAAACCAGUCUGGCCAUUGACCUCUGACCUCUGGCAUGAACAGAGAUCUGCCGCUCACUGGACAUUUUCCCUUUUUCAGACCAUUCUCUGUAAACCCUAAUGAUGGCUGUGCGUGAAAAUCCCAGUGGAUCAGCAGUUUCUGAAAUCCUCAGAGCAGCCCGUCUGGCACCAACAGCCAUGUCACAUUCAAAGUCACUUCGGUCCCCUUUAUUCUUCCCCAGUCUGACGCUCGGUUUGAACUUCAGCAGGCCGUCUUGACGAUGACCGCAGGCCGAAAUGCAUUGAGUCGCCGCCAAGAGAUUGGCUGAUUAGAGAUUUGCAACUAAACGGGUGUACCUAAUAAAGUGGCCGCCGAGUGUGUGUUCUUCUUGUCUUAUCUUAGCAUGUGUCACGUGAGAAACGGAGAGACGUGGAGUGUUGUGCAAGGAUGGCAAGCGAUUCUGGAUUGUCAGUAUUUUUAUUUUUUUUUAUUAUUAUUAUUUUGUAUUAGAAGCACAUGUGGGUGAGAACGUCCAGUCAAGGGCUGACUUUGUAUCCCAAGUGCCAAUUUACUUUCACUUUCUUCAUUUUUUAGUCUGGGACUUUUCUUAUAACAUUUGAUUCAAUAAAAUUCCUUUCUUUUUGCCUCAAUA